AUGGGUACUGGACGUCACAAAAUGGCAAAUUUGGAAGUUACAGAAAAAUAUGAUAGAGCUGAAUUAAGAAAUUACAAUUAUCAUCAUAGAACUUCAAAAGCUCUCCCUGAAUACUCUUCCGGAGGAAAAUAUGAUCCAUCAGAAUUGGAGGCAUAUGGAACACCUUUAAAGUUAGGCCGAGUAUUAAAUGUAAAAGAAAUUUGGCAUCUUGUACAAGAGGAAGUAGAGAAAAAAUAUUUAAGUGAUAAAAAGGAAUAUUCAAAUUCUGCUGAUCUGUGGAAAGAUGAAAUUGGUAAAAAAAUUGAUGGCCUACAGCAAAAACUUUACAAGAAACCAGCUGUAUUUUCUGCUUUAAAUUCUGGCAGAGUAGCUCAUUCAUGGCAACAUGAUCAAAGGUCAUGUUUUUUUCAAGUUACACCACCUUGUCCAACCCCACUUGUUGAUGCCUUAACUAUUGAACGCUUUGAUAAUGGCUCCUUGACUCAAAGAAAUAAUAAAACAGAAGUCUUGAGGGAUUUUAAUAUCCAUGAGUCUUAUAAUAAAGACCAUGCUGCUUCAUGUCCCACAUUAGAUGAACAAUGCAAUUUUGUUGCUGGUGCCACUCAGACUGAUAAUUUAACCUACCAACUCUUAUACAACCAUCUUUAUUCUUCAAACAGUUCUAGUACAAGUGGAGUUAUUGAUGUAGACUUCAGUUCAAGUAGCUCUCGCAGCCAAGAUGGUCAGAAAAAACGCAAAGAUUUUAUUCGCAGUUCACACAAAUUUGAAAGUGAUAGUCAGACAUCCCAAAGCAUGGAGAGCAAUCCUGAAAAUGGUACUUCUCUUCCAAGGCAAAGAAGUCCUAGUUUUAGAGCUGCUAUUGAAAGUCGCUCAAAUAUUCAUUUACUACCAAUUGGAGAUGAUGCACAGAUUAAUCGCAAAAGCUCUAAUUAUUUGACUGCUACACAAUACCAGAGCAAUAACCACAAUGAAUUUAUACAAUGCUCACGCAACAGAAGUUUGAGUUUUCAGGCUGCUAUUGAAGAUGGACAGCAUAGUCCAAUUGAUACUAAUGACAUGGAUGUCAUAUCAACUAGUGCAGAUGCCACUCCAGAUAAUCCAAAUUUGGCUGAAGGAUUUACACCUGACAUGUAUGGUAAAAUCAUGCUGUCAUCUGGACGAACAGAUUCAAGGAGUGUAAAUUUUCAGUUAAAUACUAUUGAGACUGAUUUUAGAACUGAACCAUUAACUUCAGGAAACAUUUCACAAUCACUGAAAUCCUCCGAUGAUUUGCAUUCUUGUCAUGGUUCACUUCCAGAUGAAUGGAAAAAAACCCUUCGAACUGGUUUGAACCAAGAAAUAGAAGUGUCUGUUACAUAUGCUUCACCUUCAACAUCCUUUGAUAGCAGUGGUUCUGAUGUUCCCAAAAAGUCCUGUAUUCGUGAUAGUAGUCUUUUAAGAAAUGGAUCAAAUACUGAAGGAGUCCAAAUUGUUAAUGCCAGUGAAACUUCAUUUAAAACCAGUAAAGCUCCUGAAGGUGAAUUAGAAAUGUCACCUAAGAAACAUCUUCAGUCAAGAAACAUGCGCAAGUUAGGUGUUCAUUCUUUGGAAUUUUCUAAAGAAACUAUACUUCAAGACGAAAAUGCUGACUCAAAUUCUUUAAAAGUUGCCAAUAACAAAGAUACAGUAAUUUGUACACAGAAGCAACAGGAGAUAAAUUCAGCAUCUAAGGCUACUGAAGAAACUGCUGUUAAUAAAAUAUCAGGUACUGAGAACACAGAUGUAACUAAAAAUUCUAAACCUGAUGAUAUUUCUAAUCAUAGCCUUGGUACAUCAGAUAACACAUCACAACUUUCUAAGUUGAGAGAGCCACCUUGUUUGACAUCUAAUGAAACAAACAGCACUUUAUGUCUCAAGGUCUUAAGGAAAAAAGAUAAUAAUCUUGCCAGAAAACGUGAACAAAUGAAACACAUGAAAAUGCCAGAACUAACAGAAUUAGCAGAAAAUGCUUCUGAUUGUAAUGAUACCUCAAAAGCUAAUGCAUUUAGUUUGACAAAUACAUUUUUGCAACCUCCUGCUCCCUCAGACAGUAUGGUUUUGCCAAGUAUCUCUGAUGCUUUCCUAAUGGAACUUGGUGUAUUUGUUGAUCAAUAUGCCAAUUUUGGUUCUGAAGAUCUGACUGAACAAGAAACUGAGAAUAAAUUUCUUAGUUUAUCAUUAGCUUUCAAAACAGACAAACAAACACUUAGUCAGCGAUUACAAAUACAAAAGAAUUCCAGGGAUUUAGCUGAAGACAAUGUAGAAAAAGAAUUAAAAAGCUUAAGAGAAGCAUCUGAGUCUUUGUUGCAACUUUCAAAUGAUCCACAAAUUCGAGAUGCUGUGAAAAAUAUCCAGCAUUACAUUGAUGUCUUGGAACAAGCUGUUGCUCGAAUUUCUGGUCGAGCAGAAGUUUUUGGAGCCGUUCAACAGGAAGAACGCAUGAGUCGAGCCAUGGAAAUAAUGAUGUCAUAUGUAGAGAAUUUGAAAAGAAUUCGAGAAAGAGAACAUUUAGAAUUAGAAGAAGCAAAAACCCUUAUUGAUAAUAAAAUCUUAAAUCCAGAGGCUGGAGGAGAUUCUUCAACGCUGACGCGUCGAGCCACGUCACUUUCCAACGUUCCUUCAAAGAACACUCACCGUUUCAAAGCAUUAACAGCUACAAGUAUUGCGAUGGCAUCUGCUGCCAAAAUGAUGGAGACAACAAAGCGACGGGCCAGCGUUGCAGCGGUUUCUAAGAAUCCUACCCCAGGUGGGUCUGUACCUGGCAACCCAACAUCUAUGCAAACUGGAAUAAAGGAAAAGUGCACUGAGCACAAAGAGAAUGAGGGCAUCAUGAAUAAACAAGAAGUGUAUCACCGAAGGUCAACAUUACCAGCUGGUAAACUAUUAAGACGUGUUAACUCAUUUGAAAAAGAUCAAGACCCUUACGAGGAUUCAAAUGACAAAGAAAUAACUCAUAGAGACCACUCUUUAGAGCAAACUUUGGAUGAAACAAAAGAGGAAAAAGAAGAAAAUGAUUUUCAAGUUGGAUUCAGAAGAGGCCUUGCUAUAAAAAUGGAUGAUAUGUUUGAAGGACUAAUGCAGCAACAAAGUAAUUUGGUUCAACACGUCCAGAAUAUGAUGGUUAAGAGUGACUUGGAAAAUGCGUCUGAUGUAAAACUGACACUGUUUGCAGAAGUCAUCAGAGAAUUUCAGAAUGAUAUCACUUCCAUUUGGAAAGGCUUAAAUCCUUUCACUCAAUAUACAUCAAUAUUUAUUUUUGCCAUACUAACGCUCAUGGCAAUCUUUCUCCCUAUGUUUAGACAUUUGAAUAUUGCAGUUGAUGAAAAAUACUAUGACAUGCCCCCAUUUUAGUAAUGUCUUGACACUAUUAUCUAUCUUGUUGCCAAAAAGUUAACAGUAUAAAAAAUUUUUUUGGCGAGCUCAGGGUAUAGCACUAUGCUGUGCGUAUUUUUUUUUUUUCAUUUUUUGUGUCAGCACUGAAUAUAUUAUUUAAAAGUGAUAUAUGAACAACUCUAUUCAUGAUACCUUCACAACUCUUAUCUUACUUCAAAAGAAUUUUAUUGGAUUCAAAAGUUUAUUUUUAAAAAAAACUUAAGGUAAAGGUAACCUUUUACUGCCUUGUUACUAUUACAGUUAUUUCAAUAAUAUUAAUGACAUAUUUCAAAAAAUAACCUUAAAAAACAUUUUUCUUUUGUUGUACAGAUGAAUAAAUUGUAAUAAUAGUUCUUUAAAAUAUUUAGUAUUUCUUAAGUUUAGACGGUUAGUAUAAAUAAAGACAUUUUCUUGUGUAAAAAUCAUCUUUAUAUCAAAAGUGACUUCAUACUGAGACCUCAUUACAAGGUUUUUCUUAAUAGUACCUAAUUAUAAGGGAAAUAUUUUUAUUAAAUCAUCAUUUUAAUACACCAUUCUUACUGAGAAAAACUAUUGCGAAGCAAUAGGGUUUUGCUAUUGUUAUUUUUCAACAACUUAUUCUUAUUUGUCUGAAUAUCAAUGAUAAAAAGAAACUUGUGAAAUAGUCAAGUAACUUCUGGUUCAUUUAUUUAAUCUAUAAUAAAAUUGAAUUUAUUCAGUGUC